CUCCCCUUCCCCCCGGCCCGUCUGCCAGGCCUGCCCUGCCUCCCCAUUACACCAGCCUGCGCCCAGGGGGGCUGCCCCACAGGCUUGAGAACUACACGGGUGGGACGGUGCAGGGAAAGACUUUAUCAUAAGGGGACGGGGGAGCAUUAAGGUUCCUCGGGUAAACUUCAUUCUGGCCUUUCCUGACCUUUGAUUGCUGACCGUGACCUGAACAGUUAUUUCAUUUGUUCCUGUCCUUGCUUAAUUCACCCUAACAUUUUGCACACCUCCAUCAUCACCAAAAAACCUCCACCCUCCAGUACCUCUUCACAGGCUGUUCUCCUAGCAGCAGCUGCCUGAUCAGCUUCCCAGCAUACUUUAGGCUACUCUUUUCCUGGGCAAAGUACAAAAUGAGUGGCAGCAGGACCAUGCUGUGAAAGAAGCAGCAGUUCCUCAGUCCAUUUGCUGCCCCAAGUGUCCACGCAGCCUGGUUCCUGCGUCUCUUUGUGUGUAUCUGUAGGUACAAGGCUGAGAUGAGAGGAGAGCGCCUGGUCUGAUGUAAUCUCGACAAGGAUUUUGGUCAAGGAAGAUGGUGCUGGACUCGGGGACGCAGUCGUAUGAGCGGCAUCGUAAUGUCCUGAGCGCCAGCCCCCAGUGUGAGAGGGGUGGGAAAAAGUUCUCUGAACACAAUGGGCUGCGACUCUAUUCCUACCUCUCCCCUUCGCCAUCUCCAGAUUCAGACCCUACCCACCUGGGCCAAAGGCUUAAAAUGCCUUCCAGGCUCAAGUGCUCCAAGGUCUCAGAAGCAAGGCCUGAGGUCAGGCGGCUGUCGGAAACCUGCCCUGCCUGCCCAAGCCCCUGCAGCUGGAUGCGCCGUAGCGAGAGCACCUGCACUGUGAAUAGUAGCGGCCGGGCACGUGCACAAAUCCGCAGUGCAGCUUCCUUGCCUCAUAUUGCCAGGCCAAAGGCUGAGGAGAUCAGUGUCAGCAGGAGGAGUCCUUGCCUGCUGGUGGCCCUUAGGCCCUUGAACGUUGACAAGGAGAGAGAGAAGUUCUUCCAGUCUUGUUAUACUUACAACCCACAGUUUGAGUAUGAGGAGCCUGUCCCUACGGCUGUGCUGGAGAAAUACAGAGAUGCAUCAGACCAGUUCAUUACACAGGCAACUGGGAUCAUUAAUGCCGUCCUGGAGAAGUACGGUUCUUAUGAGCGCUUUGAAGUGGCCACUGGUGGAAGAGUGCUGAGCAAGUGCCAAAUCUGGUCUGUUAUCCGGAAGUACAUGCAGAAGGAGGGCUGUGUGGGAGAGGUGGUCGUUCAUCUGACCGAGGAUCUCCUGUCCCAAGCUGUGAUGAUGGUGGAGAACAGCCGGCCCACCCUGGCGAUCAACCUGUCUGGAGCCCGGCAAUACUGGCUGGAAGGCAUGCUGCGCCACGAAAUAGGCACUCACUACAUCCGUGGGGUGAAUAAUGCCCGCCAGCCUUGGCACAGCAUGGAGGGCCGUAAGCGGUACGACCUGAAGCCUGCUAAUCCCACAGAAGAAGGCCUGGCUAGUCUGCACAGUGUCCUCUUCCGUAAGCAGCCCUUUCUGUGGCGGGCAGCACUGCUCUACUACACCGUCCACCAGGCCACUCACAUGUCCUUCAGCGCGCUCUUCCAGCACUUGGAGCAGUAUGUGCAGGACGCCCACGUCCGCUGGGAGUACUGCGUGCGGGCAAAACGGGGCCAGACCGACACCUCACAGCCAGGCUGUUUCAGUAAGGAUCAAGUGUAUCUGGAUGGAAUUCUCCGCAUCCUGAGGCAUCGGCAGACUAUUGACUUCCGGUUGCUGGCAGCACUGGGCAAGGUCUCCUACGAAGAUGUGAAUCAGCUGAAGAAAUUUGGGGUUCUGGAGAAGGCACGAAUCCCCCAUUUCAUGCAGGACAUGGAACGGUACAGGCAGCAGCUUGACCACAUCGUCGCCACCAACAGACUGAACGAGGAGGAGCUCGAGCAGUUGCUGCCAGGCUGACCAGGUCUGCAGGGUCCUGACCUGCCUGCCCCUGUGGCAGUGUCCCACUUCCCAGGCCACACUGCCUUGCAGACAGGAAGCCUUAGGCGCAAAAGGGAGUUGUCUUGUGUGUGUGUCUGAUUGCAGCCGUCCAAAGCAUUUAGGGUGCCCAGGGGUCUGUGUGUGUAUUAUUCAUUUUGUGACUGUUUGGCAGGUUAGUCCUGACCAGGAGGCGGCUGCCAUUUCAGAGCUUCCUCCCAGCCAUUCAGCAUUGGGUCUUGCAAAGGGAGAGCUGGUGUGUGUGGGUUCCUGCAGCAGGCCACAGCUUAGCAGUAUGGAAUGUGGCGGUGAGGGUGGGGGGAGGGGAUGAUGGCUAAGAUGCAUGCAAUGCCACAGGAGGGAACUAGCACCACAGGUGCUUUGGGGGUGGGGGUUUUAAAUGCUGUUGCAGGGAGAGGGCGC